AUACUAGCUAGUAGUCCACUUCAGUGGUGCGAUCUUUCAAUAUGAUAAUCUGGCCAAGGCUCCGAGCUCUUGAACCUAUCAGGCGUAGGCCGUGCGCUUGCAUUUUAGUGCUGUGUGUGGCUGUGCGCCGAAGAAGCAUUGCGGGUCACGAUCCUUGUCCACUACUAAUAUUCCACUGCCCUCCAAAGUACUGCUAGCUUUAAUAAAGCACCCUACUCGUCUUGGUCCGUGCUGGCCACCUUUCGGCGCAUCUUCCCCCUCGGUUUCCUCUCAAGAACCCAACAAUCCCGCAGGAGCAAUACCCUCCCUAUCCCUGAGCCUAGGCACAACACUCCUCAAGCUUCCACCAUGCCUUCAGACAGCCCCCCGCCAACGAAAGCCGGCCUCCUCAAGUGGUGGACCCAAUUUACACAUGCCCAGAAUCGUAAAAAGGAUUCCGACCCCAGUAAAGCUGUAGAUCAGGAGGAACACCCAGUUUUUCAGAAACCACUCAAAGAGAGCUUGAGAUAUGCAAGCGUGCAGAUUUCGACUGCCAAUGCAAACGGCGAGUUGUACGUCUGGGGGUAUAUCCCCGUCGUAGUGGCGAAAUGUGGCCUGUAUCUCAAAGAAAAUGCUACAGAGAUAGAGGGGACGUUUCGCGUCAACGGUUCUACUAAGCGCAUGCGAGAUCUACAAGCCGCUUUCGAGACACCGCCACGAUACGGGAAAUCUUUGGACUGGAAGAAUGAACACUUUACAACACAUGAUGUCGCAAGUGUCUUUCGUAGAUAUUUAACUCAGAUGCCUGAACCCGUAAUACCACACGAUAUGUAUCACGAUUUCCGGGACGUUUUGGGAAAAAAGCCAUUCAACCAUGAUGAAGUGAUUGCAACGUACAAGCGUCUAAUCCAACGUAUGCCCCGCGCAAAUCAAUACCUUCUUCUCUACGUAUUGGAUCUAUUAUCAGUAUUUGCACGAAAAUCAGAUAAGAAUCUUAUGACAGCUACAAAUCUUGCGGUGAUUUUUCGGCCCGGCCUUAUAUCCCAUCCUAACCAUGAAAUGUCCCCCGGAGAGCACGCGCUGAGCCAACGUGUUCUAGAAUUCCUCAUUGCGCAACAGGAUUGGUUCUUACUCGACAUACCACCGCCACCACAAUCAGAGCCGAGCUCCUCGUGGAAGCCCCAUCCACGGCCCCAUCACGCGCACACACAGGUGCCGAGUGAGGAAGACUCGGAUCUUGUCAUGGUGCCUAGUUCAGAUGACGAACACGCGUCUGUUGGUGGAGGCUGGAAGCUUGUCGGCCGUGAUAGACGGCGCAUUCAACGGCGUCGCACAACGCUGGAACACACUGAUUCGCUUGACAGAACAGAAAAUGUUGAUGGUGGACAAUUGUCGCCUGUCUUGGAGACGCCCACAUCACGCCCCGUAAGCCAAGUUUCAGGUCCUACAGCAGCAGGAGUGAGCCGAAGUCGGACGCUGCCCUCCAGUCGAGGAUCAAGCACGGACGACGAGAGACACCGUGCUAGGGUACUCAGAAAACAGAAACGAACGUCAGCUCAGCCGCGACAACUAACCACCCCUGCUCUGGGUCACGCAGGUGGGUAGGAUGGGUGAAGUUUGAAGUGGAGUCAUCUGGAAGUUUGUGAUAUUGAUAUACCUGGUGGCGGGCUAUCUUAUUGCGCUGAGUUCCUGAUUUGUUUCCAAUAGCUCAUUUUGUGUUUCCUUUUCGCCGGUCUGGACAAUGACAUUCGGGUUUUAUAUGUACCUAUCAGGACUGUUGUAGUAUUUACUCGGAAGAUAACAACCAGGACAAGUGUUUCGUGUUACAGUCAAG